GAAAAUAUAAUCCCUGUUGUUCUUCCGAGCGUAUAGCUGAAGCAUAAGUGAAGUUUUUAAGCAGUUGUGGGGCUCAUUUCGGAAUUUGAUACGUACUCAACCAGUUCACCAUGCCACGAGCCCAAAAACGCCAAGAUCAUGCCGGAGAGGCACUAGAUGAAGCGGAUUUCCGUGCUUCCACCGCCGAUCUUUUUCAGCGAGACGAAAGGCGCAAAGCCAAGAUCCCUCAGGUCGUCGUCCCUGACAACGAAAGUGACUCCGACGACGGGAGCGAAUCUAUUGCUGUUACCUUGCCGUCUGUGUACGAGUUUUGUUUGCGGGCGGAAGGACCAGAAGGAGCUCUCAAGUUCUCCAAAUUUGCACCUGAGGAGUUUGAACAGCUUUGGACUGUCGUAUACCCUCACGUGAAAGAGCACUGGAACGUUGGGCGCGGCAAGAAAUGCCGCUACGCCGCUCGCUACGUCUUCUUUAUGACGCUAACUACCCUCAAGCAUCUCGGAAAAUGGGACAUUGUCUCUCGCGUUUUUAAGAUUCCGCCAUCCUCUUUCCAGAAAAUGGUCAGGAGGUUCAUGGACGCCGCUUCGCCGUUCCUAUACGAGGCUUUUGUGGAAUCUAUUAACGAUAAGUGGACGCUAGGCAAGAUUGUGCGUUCGGGGCAUGCGUUCCAAAACUUUCCGUACGCCCGAUACGCAACGGAUGUCACCUUCCAGCAGGCAAAUAAGCCCGCCGGCAACAUGAACGAGAUCAAGCCCUACUACAGCGGUAAACACCACCUGUAUGGCUACAAAGUGGAAGUGUCAGUGCUUCCGAAUGGCCUUGCCAUCAAUUGCACUGAUCACACAGGAGGGAGUACGCACGACGCCGCCAUUUUCAAGGAUAAUGUCGCCUUUCACGCACGAGCAAUGCGUAAACAAGAAGACGAUCGUGGGCUUCGUGACGAAGGUCGAUUGCACGAAGUCUACCCCAAAGAUUGGGCAGUACUUGUAGACAAGGGCUAUCAGGGAAUGGCACGGGAGUGCCGUGCAAUCCACCCGUGAAAAGCAAGCGGUUGCAGCCGCUGUCUUUGGAAGACGCCUGCUAUAAUGACAAGCUGGCUCGUGACCGCGUCAUCGUCGAGAAUUUCUUUGGAAGACUUAAGACGCUCUGGGGUAUCUGCUCUGACAAGUGGAGGUUCGACGAGGCGUCCUACGAUCUCUACUUCCGUGCAUGUGUGGCUCUUACCAACGUUCAUGUGCGGCUACGACCACUUCGCGGUGACGACGGCAAAGACUACAGCAAGUACGACGCUCGUUUGUGUGAGAUUGGCACAGAGCUUCUGGAAAAACAAAAGAAAAAGCGAAAGCGCUACCAAGCCAACCGUGCGGCAAGACUUUGUACGGCGUAUCGCCGUCGAACGAGCUAUUACAGCUCGGUUUCGGUGGGGUCUGAGGAUGUAGACAGCGAUGCUGAAACCCGGUUGUGAUUCUGCGGUUAUGGACUCAAUAUACUUGAUAGCAUUCUGGUAGCUGGUACAGCACUCUCAGUUGUGCUGGAGUAAUUGCUCUAGUGGAGUAGCAAUAUACUUGAAUUCCAGCUAAAGUCACUUAAUAGAUAGAACUUGGUUGAAAGUUGGUUCAUAAUAAGAAAAUGCUGG